AUGAACAACCGAGCCCUUUACCAACCCGAGCCCGAAAUCGACUUCAUCCCCCUCCUCCUCCUCUUCAUCCUCCCCCUCUGGAUCUGUGCCGUAAUCGAGAUCUGCCUGGUAGUCUUCUACAUCGUCGGGUGGGCCAUCGGCGCCGUGCCGUACUGCAUUCGGUUCCUUACGGGGGGCUGGUCGGAGGUGCUGCGGCCGGAGGUGCCGCGGAAGAGGAUGAGGGCGACGGAUGAGGUGAUGGUGCGUGGUUGGACGAUGGAGGGGAGGUAG